GCCACGCCCCGACCCCUCGAUCCCAUCCCCCCACUCCUUCCCUCUCUCCCUCCCCACAGAUCUCCCAUGCCCCAAGCACGUCCAUGGCCGCGUCAUCGUCGUUCCCAUGGCCGGAGCCGUCCCCGACCCGUGAGGUUAUGCUCUGCAGCUCCGUUGGCCUCGUCUGCAUCGCCUACAACCUUCGGUUCGAGCUGAAGCCCUCCACAACCUCGCCAUCUGGUCGUCUUCCCCGCCACGGCCACGGCGCCAUCGCCGUGGAUCUCCAUCACCGGCGCCUCCCGGCGGUUCGAGGCACGUCCACGACCUCCCUCGAAAUGCUGGAGUCCAGGAGCCAGACGCCACCGUCGACGAUGACCCCUACUACACCGGAGGUGCCUACUACUACGUGCAGCCCGCUGACGACGACCAGGAGUAGUUAGGAGGAUCCCAGGCAGG